ACCAAGUGACAAUUGUUUAUCAAAAAUUGUAUUCGCCUUGUCACCUGAUUGAAGUGUUUUUCGCUUAAAAAUAACUCAACAAACUCUAUAUGACAAUAUCGAUUUGGUGAACCGCAUCACAGAGACCCACUCACACGGAGACUAUGUGAAGGUUAUUAAAGUGAAUUAUUAAUGCACCACAUGGUCUAGAACAGAGCCAACUUCAGCAAACCCCCGUUGAGAUGUCUUCAAACACCACAGAGAAUGCCAAGCACUCGGCGGAGCACCCCGACGGUGACGGCGCCGGUGCCACCGACGAGGACAAGAAGGACGAUCGCAUGUUCGAGUGCAACAUUUGCCUGGACACUGCCAGGGACGCGGUGGUCAGCAUGUGCGGACACCUGUUCUGCUGGCCGUGCCUGCACCAGUGGCUCGAGACGCGGCCCAAUCGGCAGGUGUGCCCCGUCUGCAAGGCGGCCAUCAGCAAGGAGAAGGUGAUCCCGCUGUACGGCCGCGGCAGCACCAAGCAGGAGGACCCGCGCGAGAAGGUGCCCCCCCGGCCCGCCGGCCAGCGCACCGAGCCCGAGCCUGGCUCGACCUUCCCAGGGUUCGGCUUCGGGGGCGAUAACGGGUUUCACAUGUCUUUCGGAAUAGGUGCUUUCCCCUUCGGCUUCUUCACCUCCACGUUCAACUUCGGGGACGCCAGGCCGAGCCCGGCCCCCAGGGGCACCCAGCAGCACAUGGAGGAGCAGUUCUUGUCCAAGCUCUUCCUGUGGCUGGCUGUGCUGUUCAUCGCUUGGCUGAUUUUGGCAUAAUAUAUUUUAUUGGAACGGUGUUAGGGCUUUUAUAUCAGCACAGUACAAAAUCAGACAGUUUCCAUUCCAGGCUGUUUUUACGAAACAACAUGUGUACAUAAUAAAAUUUUAUUGUAAAGUGGUGAUAAUCCUUAGUCCUCUUAAUUUUAAUUAUAGUUAAGUAAAUUUUAGUUCAUGAUUUGUGUAAAGUAUCUGAGGGUUUAAUUACAAGCGUUUCCUUACAA